UAAUGAGCUUGAAAGGGGUUUGAAGGCCGAGGCUGAGGUCUGUACACCAAAAAAAAGAACCAAACAGGAAGAAAAAAAGUAUUCGGAAAUACAAAAAGUAUAGCCAUCUUGUUAUUUGGAAAGAUUGUUUUACUCAUGGCGUCUGUGGAAGGUUCAGUCAUCGAAACCAUCAUUCUAGUUCUCAUUUGCGCAACUUCUGUUCUGGGAAACAUAAGUUUAAUUUUUGUCAUCACGAGGAGAAAAUCCCUUCGCACUAUCUGUAAUGGCUUUCUUCUCAACCUUGUCUUCGCUGAUUUGCUCGUGUCAGUGUUAAACAUGCCGAUAACCGUGGUCACCAUUGUAGAACAACGGUGGAUAUUUGGAGAUAGAGCCUGCAACCUUCUGGGAUUCACUACAAUGCUGUCGUUUGUUUCGUCGGUCAUGUGGCUAGCCAUGAUAGCUAUCAACAGAUAUUAUUACGUGGUGCAAUGGAAAGUCUACCCUUCCCUCUUCACACCUAGAAGAUCGGUGCUAUUCGCGGGAACCGUGUGGUUGAUAUCUUUGUUAUUAUCCAUCCCUCCGCUGUUUGGCUGGGCUGAAUAUCGUUAUAUACCUGGCAAAUCUUACUGUUUUGUAUCCUGGCCUUCUGAUGUAUAUUACAUGUAUUUCAUGCUGAUAAUAUGUUUUUUCGGACCUCUAAGUAUUAUGUGCCUGUCGUAUUAUAAUAUUUUGAAAUUCACUAGAGAAGCAAAACAGCGUGUUAAUCGUCACCGAGAUGAUGGAUUAUUACAACAGGAGACACAAAGAAAGCAAGAAAAUAAUACUAAUGUUUAUGAGCAAAACAGAAAGCGUUUACGGAUGACUCAAGAAGAAGUAAAGAUAACGAACACUUUGAUGAUUGUCGUCGCUUGCUUCAUGGCUUGUUGGGCCCCAUUUGCCAUUACUAUGUUUUUUGACGUGUACUAUUCACGCCCGCUACCAAGAACAGUUGACAUCAGCACGUUACUGCUAGGUUACGCGAACAGUAUGUGCAACCCAGUUGUGUAUGGAAUAAGAACUCAAGCUUUCAGGAGAGAACUGGUUGGCUUCUAUACUUCUUGCUUAGAAAAAGACAGAGUUGAUGUUCCUAACAGUUUUCCUGUGAGCUCUGCAGCUGUUUGUGAAGGAGAUACCCUAGAGACCCAAGAGACACCUAAUGUGUCACGUGUUAGCCGCGAACAAAAUCAACCGAUAGAACUGAAAUCAUUGCAUCUUGAAGCCAAAUUUCCACGAUUAAAAGAAUUUUAGUCGAUCAGCUGAAAUCGCAAAGUUUAGAAUCUUGAAACAUUAACUAAUAAUAUUUCUCACUAUUUGAAGCUUGUACCUGUUUCAGCAGAUAUGAUACCGUCCCCUGUAAGAUUAUGUAAACAUUUUG